AUGGAGGACGAAUUUGGCGCCGACGACUCCCUGCUGGAGGCCAUGGCUGCUGCGGCGGACCGGGUGUCGUCGCAGCAAUCCAGAGCUGGUUCAUCCCAGCGAGCCGUGCAACAGCCCACGCCUCAGAAGAUCCAGCAGCCGACCCCCCAGCGACUGGAUAAACCUCCGCCGACGAGCUCUUCGGGAUCCAAGAUUGUGCAGCCGACACCCCAGGCGCUCCCUCAGAGGGGAACCGGGUCGCACAUUCUCGUCUCGCCGCGCCAGAGAGGGAAUCCGAUCCUGACCUUCAUCCGUGCUAUGGGUUGGGAGUACAGCGAUAUUCCGGCAGACUAUGUUAUGGGACAGACUACAUGUGCACUUUUUCUGAGUCUUCGCUACCACCGGUUGCAUCCCGAAUACGUCUACACCCGAAUCCAAAAGCUCCAAGGCAAAUACACGCUUCGUAUUAUGCUGGUCAUGGUCGACAUCCCGAACCACGAGGAUUCGUUACGAGAACUAUCCAAGACCUCACUGGUGAACAACAUCACCAUCAUCCUGUGUUGGUCUGCCGCCGAGGCUGGCCGUUACCUCGAACUCUACAAGUCCUACGAGCACGCAGGGUUCACAGCUAUCAAGGGACAACAAGCAACAAGUUAUGCCGACAGACUCGUCGAGUUCGUGACAGUGCCCAGAAACCUCAACAAGUCGGACGCGGUUGCUCUCGUCGCGAACUUCGGGAGCUUGAAGAACGCAAUCAACGCAGACCAGGAGCAGCUGAGCAUGCUCAAUGGCUGGGGAGGUGCCAAGGUCAAGCGAUGGUCCAAGGCAGUCGAGGAGCCCUUUAGGGCGAGAAAGGCUACCAAGAAAACCGUGCGCAAGCAGACUGGAGGUAACGUUGCCCAGAAUGCAGCCCGUAACGCGCUUCUUGAAGAUGCAAUUCCCAUCUCCCGGGCAAUGCAGGCAGACCCCACCCCGGGAGCUUCGAACCCCUCCAAGGCAGGUCAGUUCCAGCUCAUGGGCGACCUGGGUGACGAUGACGACGAGGAGGAAGCCAUGCUAGCUGCAGCUAUUGAGGAGUCGCGCCGUGCAGCUCAACCAGGCCCUUCGGUGCAACCCCAGCAGCGCGAGCAGAGCCAAGACAAAGAUCAUUUGAGCGGAGGCAUAGCUGCUGCUCUGGCGAAGUUGAGGGAAGGCAAUUAG